CUUCAUUAUAUGGCAAUUUAAAAUAUUUCUAUACUUCUUGGAUUUUUUGUACUUAAACUAAAGGCAAUUAAUUUAUAAGCAAUGUGUAAGGCGUACAUAUCUUCGGUAAUCUUGGUCAUAUCGCUGGUGCUGGCCACAGUGGCGUCGGGUCGCUUCCUUGCAGACACAGAAGACAACAGAGACAAACGGCAAAUAGGGGACUUGCGAGCGGCGGAAUAUUUAGCAAGAAUUACGCUUGACAAAAACAAAAUGUUGCGCUAUCUUCAAUUACCUUCGCAUUGCGCAGAGCUAGCGUGUGGACUGGUUGAUGUUUUUGAAAGGUUGGAGAAGCGGACGAUGUCAGACCAGCGGCUGGCGGAGCUUCAGGCCCUCAUCGCCCUCGGGAACGGCCAAUACACACCCGUUGGGCACGGGCAGAUUGAUCCCUGGAGAAUUGGUAAGCGACGCAAGCGUUCAGUGGACAUGGUGUUGAGCGGCCUGACGGAGCCCCAGCGCUUCCGGCUUCUGGACAUCCUCAUGUCGCGGUCUGAGGACCAACUUACCUUGUAACCGAGGCUCACAGGUGUUCGUUUGUAUGUGUUUUGUUCCGUCCUCCAAGAAAACGUAACAUCGUAAUAACCCACGGGCCGCCCGACCCAUGAGAGAAAAGACGAAUGAUGUCAGUGCAAGAACAUUGUAGUUAACGUGUUAUCAGUGCAAUAAUUAAACUUUGAACCUUAAUGUAACAUCCUUAAUAAAUCUGUGUGGCCGGGCAAAUAUACAUUCCAUCUAUUUCUGAGAAAAUCAUCUUCAAUAUAAGAAACUAUCAUAACAGGUGCGGACCGCGCCAAUGAUUUUUAACUUUCGAUUUCUUCAAUUAAGAACAAUUAAUGAAAGUGAUAGUAACGAUCUGCAAUAGAAACGAUGAUAUAUUUAUGUGGCAAUGUAAAUUGAAAUAAUAAAUUAUGUAGAGCUAGUAACAUAUAUUAUUAUCCAUACUAUUAGAUUUUGUUUAGUUUGCGAUCUGACAGAUUUUGAAAUAAAUGCUAAGAACUGA